CGUCUGGAGGAGACCAUCAGGACCAAUGAGAGGCUCAGACAGCAGCUAGAGGAACGCCUGGCCACCACCGGCCACGACGGAGGAGCCCCCACUAACAUCUAUAUCCAGGGGCUGGACUCUGUCAGCCAGCUGUCCAAUGAGAUCCGAGUCCUGAAAGAGGAGAACCUGGCUCUCCAGGCACACCUACAGGCCAGCUCAGGUACUGCAUCGCACCAACCCACGCUGUGGUCAACAUGGCACCACAUUCUGCAUAUUUUGUCUAUAUGGCUGAAUCAUUAGAUCGGAUGUAGUGUCUAACUUUGCCCCUCCAUCAUAUGUGGUUCCCCUCAGAUACAUGUGAGGAGGCAGAGCAGCUGCGUAAGGUGGUGGUGACGGGGCGUGCCCGCCUGAAGCAGGCGGAGCUAGAGGCGGAGCAGUGGAAGGAGGAGCUCCGACGGCUGCAGACACACAGCCAGGAGCAGGGGCAGCAGAUACACACACUCAGACAGGAGAGGCAGAACAGCCAUGAGAAGAACAAUAGGUGUGUGUGUGUGUGUGUGUGUGUGUGUGUGUGUGUGUGUGUGUGUGUGUGUGUGUGUGUGUGUGUGUGUUUAUUCACCCUGUAUCUCUCUCUUCUCUCCAGUCUCCAGCAUGAGGUGUCCCUGCUGCAGCAGCAGUUGUGUGAAAGCAGGGAGCUGCUCCACUCUCUACAGAGUGAGCUGCAGGUGUACGACAGAGUGUGUGCCAACACCAAGGGCAACCCAGGUAAGCUUACUCACUUUAUCCACAGGCUAGUGGAUUCAUAGAGCACUGUAAUUCAGGAAUUUGCCUUGAUAUCAAUCCUUACCAAUGGAAACAUUUGUUAAAAUAAUAUCCUAACUUCAGAUAUGUGCACAUAACUGGGACUUUUGUAUGUUUCAGACAUUGCUUGCAUAGAAUUCCAAAUUACGCUCAGAAGUUCCUAUUUUGAUUUAGGUUGUUUAGAGGACCUAUACUUGCUGUGGGCCUAUGACAUUCACUGUUAUAUUGACUGACACUAUUGUGAUUUUCAGGGUACCGGUGUGAGGGACAGUACGGUGGGGUCCCUGCCCUGCCCGUGGAGCUGGGGGAGCUGCUAGGGGAGGUGAGGAGCCUCAGAGCACAGCUCCAGUCCAGUGUCCAGGAGAACAGCGUCCUGAAACAGCUGGAGCUCCACAAACACCUGGAGCAGAAGCUGGGAGCUGGGGUCCACAGAGGGGUGGGGGGCAUUGGGGGGAUGGAGCCCCCUCGUACCCCGUCUCUCAGUGCCCUUACUGCCAGCCCACAGAGGGACAGCCUCUACAGACGGCAGCUACUGCAUGGUAAGGGGGUGUUGUGUGGUGUAAUGGUGUGGUUUGUGUGUACAGUAUGGAAAUACAUUUUGAUAUCAGCUUGAUAGGCACCAAUACUCAAUGCCAGCCUAAGCUUAAUAUUGGCCUACUCUUCAACACUAUCAAUGGGACCAACCAGUUUGUCUCAUGCAAAUCCCAUUGAACUGACUGAUUGCCGUGUUUAAUGAACUAAUAACAACAGACUAAUGCAUUUUUUUAUUUUAAGCAUUAUCAUUUAGUAAAUGUAGUUUAAUAUUCAGGGUUGUGUGUGUGUGUGGUGACCGAGCAUCCCUGUCUGUCUCUGUGUGUGAUCUUCUGCAGACCCAGCUCCGUCUCCCCCGGUCAGAGACAUUGGGCUGUUUAACUGUGGAUCUCCAUACCACGUCCCCUACACGGACCUGGAGGAGACCCCGCUCACUGCCAAUGGUGUGACUCUAAUUCUAACUGCACUGCAUCCUGUUUAAUCGCGGUGUGAUGUGUGACAAAUUGGGAAAUGAGAGUUGUACAUAUCAGAUUUAUAUACAGUUGAAGUCGGAAGUUUACAUACACCUUAGCCAAAUACAUUUAAACUCAGUUUUUCACAAUUCCUGACAUUUUAUCCUAGUAAAAAUUCCGUGUCAGUGUAAUGCGGUGGAUCGAAGUCAGGCGCAGGACACAGAACUCAAUGAAAACGUACUUUACUAACAAGUAAAGAAUCAAAUACAAAAUACCUCCACACAGGGAGGAGUAAACCCGCUCACCAAACGACACACGAAACGAAAUAACAAACACGCACAAAACACAAUGGGAGCCAUCGGGUUAAAUAGGGAAGGAGUAAUUGCCCGAUGGGAAACAGGUGUGAGACAAUCAGACAACAGGUAGAACAUAGAAACAUAGAACAUAGAUCGGCAGCAGCUAGUACUUCCGGUGACGACGAACGCCGAAGCCUGCCCGAGCAAGGAGGAGGGGCAGCCUCGGCAGAAUCCAUGACAGUCAGUUAGGAUCACCACUUUAUUUUAAGAAUGUGAAAUGUCAGAAUAAUAGUAGAGAGAAUUAUUUAUUUCAGCUUUUAUUUCAUUCAUCACAUUCCCUGUGGGUCAGAAGUUUACAUACACUCAAUUAGUAUUUGGGAGCAUUGCCUUUAAAUUGUUUAACUUGGGUCAAACGUUUCGGGUAGCCUUCCACAAGCUUCCCUAAAUAAGUUGGGUGAAUUUUGGCCCAUUCCUCCUGACAGAGCUGAUGUAACUGAGUCAGGUUUGUAGGCCUCCUUGCUCGCACAUGCUUUUUCAGUUCUGCCCACAAAUCUUCUAUAGGAUUGAGGUCAGGGCUUUAUGAUGGCCACUCCAAUACAUUGACUUUGUUGUCCUUAAGCCAUUUUGCCACAACUUUGGAAGUAUGCUUGGGGUCAUUGUCCAUUUGGAAGACUCAUUUGCGACCAAGCUUUAACUUCCUGACUGAUGUCUUGAGAUGUUGCUUCAAUAUUACCACAUAAUUUUCCUUCCUCAUGAUGCCAUCUAUUUUGUGAAGUGCACCAGUCCCUCCUGCAGCAAAGCACCCCCACAGCAUGAUGCUGCCACCACCGUUCUUCACGGUUGGGAUGGUGUUCUUCGGCUUGCAAGCAACCCCCUUUUCCUCCAAACAUAACGAUGGUCAUUAUAGCCAAACAGUUCUAUUUUUGUUUCAUCAGACCAGAGGACAGUUCUCCAAAAAGUACGAUCUUUGUCCCCAUGUGCAGUUGCAAACCGUAGUCUGGCUUUUUUAUGGCGGUUUUGGAGCAGUGGCUUCUUCCUUGCUGAGCAGCCUUUCAGGUUAUGUCGAUAUAGGACUUGUUUUACUGUGGAUAUAGAUACUUUUGUACCUGUUUCCUCCAGCAUCUUCACAAGGUCCUUUGCUCUUGCACUGGGAUUGAUUUGCACUUUUCACACCAAAGUACGUUCAUCUCUAGGAGACAGAAUGCGUCUCCUUCCUGAGCGGUAUGAUGGCUGCGUGUAUAUACUUGCGUACUAUUGUUUGUACAGAUGAACGUGGUACAUUCAGGCAUUUGGAAAUUGCUCCCAAGGAUGAACCAGACUUGUGGAGGUCUGCAAUUUUUUUUCUGAGGUCUUGGUUGAUUUCUUUUGGUUUUCCUAUGAUUUCAAGCAAAGAGGGACUGAGUUUGAAGGUAGGCCUUGAAAUACAUCCACAGGUACACCUCCAAUUGACUCAAAUGAUGUCAAUUAGCCUAUCAGCAGCUUCUAAAGCCAAGACAUAAUUUGCUGGAAUUUUCCAAGCUGUUUAAACGCACAGUCAACUUAGUGUAUGUAAACUUCUGACCCACUGGAAUUGUGAUACAGUGAAUUAUAAGUGAAAUAAUCUGUCUGUAAACAAUUGUUGGAAAAAUUACUUGUGUCAUGCACAAAGUAGAUGUCCUAACCGACUUGCCAAAACUAUAGUUUGUUACCAAGAAAUUUGUGGAGGUGUUGAAAAACUAGUUUUAAUGACUCCAACCUAAGUGUAUGUAAACUUCCGACUUCAACUGUAUCUGUAGGAGUUUACACAAGUUUGGUUAUAAGGUUAAAAUAGUCCAGGAAGGAUGUUAUCCCGGAUGUUGAAUCACUCUCAUUACCUAAAAAAAUAAAAAGUAAACUAAUAUCAUCUCCAAUUCUCUCAUUUACCAGUUAGUCUGACACUAAGCCCUUGCCUCUCCGUCUUCCUCCCCUCCUACAGAUCUGGACCCCCACUCAGAGCUGGAGGGUGACGCCCCGGACGGUUCGUUCUCUAACCGGAACGGGCGCCAUGCCAUUGGGCACGUGGACGACUACAGCGCUCUGCAGCAGCAGGUCCUGGAGGGGAGGAGUUUGGUCCAGCGAAUGGAAACAGCUCUGCAGGCCUGCCUCAGCCAAUCAAUGCUGGAGGGCAGCCAGGACCAGGUAAGAGGAGGUUGAAGGGAAAGUAGCACUAUUUGUGCAAACAACUAAAUUAUCGACUACCUUAUCUCGAAACCCAGAACCAAAUCGUGCACGCUGGCCACCUACUCAAUGUAAACAGUCUGUCACUACAGCUACUUUCAAGAAAUUGAAUGAGUCUAGCUAACUGUGUCUGUGUCUCUGUAUAGGUCCUCCUGGACUAUGGGUGUGUGAGGAGUCUGCUGUCUAACACCAAGACCCUGAGACAGAUCCUAGAGGAGGUUGUGUCCCUGCUGAAGAUGUUCUGGAGGGCUGCCCUGCCCAACACAGACCGUUCCACCCAUAGCCUUAAGAAGGUGCAAUAUACAUGAUUUACUACCAGUAUAUUAUGUAUCGAUUUGUUGUAAUUGAUGGUGUGUGACACAUGACAUCAUGUGUCAACCAUGUGGUGGCUGUGAGGCUCUCUAUUGGCUAUGCAGGUUGCUAGGCAGACAUAUGAACUGUUGUUUAGUUUAUUGUUUGAUAGAAUUAUUGAGUUGAUUGGUCAGUGUAUUUAUUGAUUGAUUGAUUGCUGUGACCGCUGCAGGAGCAGUGUAUGCAGGAGGAGAUUCUGUCUCUGAGGGGGCGUAUCUCGGAGCAGGAGGAGGUGCUUCAAGGAACCAUCCAGAGACUGAGGAGCACCAGCCGCACCAAGGAAAGCAUGGAGCACUUCAUCAUCAACCAGCGUGAGUGUGUGGGUGUGUGUUACAGCAAAAGGUCCUAGUUAGAUGUUUCUUCUUAUUGUGCAUUUCGCCUUUUCAAUGCAGUAUCAAGGACUCGCGAUGUGCUGAAAAAAGCAAGGACUAACUUGGAGGUAAGAUAUUAUCAUUUUCCUGCCCAUCUUGUAUACCAUGUUGUUAAUGUGUUGUGUUCAGUAUCUGGUUACCCAGUCCCAGUGUCAGUACUGUAUCUCUAGUGUUGUCUCUGUUUGCACCCUCCCUGUCUGUUUCACCUGUUCCUUCAUCCUGUGUUUGUCUCUUCCCUCCUUCCUCUCCUCCUCCUCCUUUCCCCUGAGUACUUCCAGAAGAACGAUCGGAGGAUGUCCUCUCUAAGCUCCUCCUCUUCCUCUCCUUAUGCUGGUAAAGGGUUUGGCACGCUGUGGCUUGGCCUGUUGUGCCUGUCAUGCUGUGUGACAUCACUGUUUUACCAUCCAAUCAAACAACAGAAUAAUAAUAUUUAA